AAGGGGUGGUUCCUUAAACAAGUAGUCUCUCCUUGCCUGAAUGUGGGCCAGUGUCUUAAUCUUCCUACUUGUGUAGGUGGAAAGGGGACUUAAAACAGUGACUGAGCCCAAGAGCAAAUCAGCUGCUACUGACAUCCCACAAAUGAAGUGGCUUCCUUCUCUCUACCACAGCUUUUUGUAUGCCUCCUGUGGGAACACAGGUUCCCUGCUCCAGAUUAUCUGGAUUUCUAUAUAACCCCUGGAGCUGUUUCUUCAGGAAAGUUCAUCUAAACAGACAUCAACCAUGAAGAUUCUUAGCUACCUCCUGGUUUACCGAAGGUUCCUGCUCAUUGUCCUCACCCCACUGCUUUUACUUCCACUUCCACUUAUCAUCAAAACCAAAGAAGCAGAAUGUGCAUACACAUUGUUUGUAGUUGCCAUCUUUUGGCUCACAGAAGCUUUGCCACUGGCUGUUUCGGCUUUGCUCCCUGCCUUUAUGUUCCCGUUGUUUGGUAUAAUGGGAUCCAAGCAGGUAGCAUCUGCUUAUUUUAAAGACUUUCAUCUGCUGCUAAUUGGAGUAAUUUGUUUGGCAACGUCAAUAGAAAAAUGGAAUCUCCACAAAAGAGUGGCUUUAAAAAUGGUGAUGCUGGUGGGUGUCAACCCUGCAUGGCUUAUGCUGGGUUUCAUGGUUAGCUGUGCUUUCUUGUCAAUGUGGCUCAGCAACACUUCUGCUGCUGCCAUGGUGAUGCCAAUUGUAGAAGCUGUAGCUCAGCAGAUCAUCAGAGCUGAAGCAGAAGCUGAUGAGCUGGAGCUGUCCUGCUCUAAUGGCUCCAUCAACCCAGCACUGGAGCUGGACGAAAAUAUAGGAGAAUAUGAUAACCCAGACUGGAAAGAGAAAGAAAAACAAGCUAAUGGAUAUAACAACAGUGUGGGUAGUACUGUAAGCACGGUUGAAAAGGAAAAUGAAAAAGGAAAGGAACAGAACCUACCACCUGCUGAAGCAGAGAGAAAAAGCAAAAAGGACAAAUACAGUGGGAUUUUCAAAGUGAUGUGUUUAUGUGUUGCUUAUUCUGCUACCAUUGGAGGACUGACCACAAUCACAGGAACAUCAACUAAUCUGAUUUUUACUGAGCACUUCAAUUCACGUUACCCAGAUUGCCAGUGCAUCAAUUUUGGAUCCUGGUUUAUCCUUUCCAUCCCCAUCACAGUUAUUAUUCUACUCCUCUCCUGGGUUUGGCUCCAGUGGCUUUUCCUUGGGUUUGAUUUUAAAAAUAUGUUCAAGUGUGGCAAGAAGAAAACAGCUAGAGAAGAGGCCUCAUCACGGGUGAUUCUACAGGAGUACAAGAAACUUGGACCAAUUAGCUACCCAGAAACUGUUACACUUGUCCUGUUCAUUCUAAUGACCCUUCUGUGGUUCAGCAGAGAUCCUGGCUUCAUCCCAGGAUGGUCUUCACUUUUCCCAAAGUAUAAAGGCUAUAUUACGGAUUCAACAGCUGCCUUAGUGAUAGGCCUCCUGUUCUUUAUUAUUCCAGCAAAAACAUUGUCUAGGACGUCAAAUGGAAAAAACACUGUUUUUGGUUACAUGCCACUGAUUACUUGGAAGGAAUUUCAGUCAUGCAUGCCCUGGGAAAUAGCUAUUCUUGUUGGUGGCGGGUUUGCGCUGGCAGACGGCUGCGAGGUUUCAAAACUUUCUGAGUGGGUAGCAAGUAAAUUGACCCCUCUAGGAUCAUUACCCUUGUGGCUGGUUAUCCUGAUAUCCUGCCUUAUUGUCACUUCAGUAACAGAAGUUGCCAGCAAUCCAGCUACCAUUACAAUCUUUUUGCCCAUACUGUCUCCUUUGGCCGAAGCCAUUCAUGUGAACCCACUUUUCAUUUUGAUACCUGCUACCUUGUGUACUUCCUUUGCAUUCCUGCUUCCUGUAGCAAACCCAGCCAAUGCCAUUGUAUUUUCAUAUGGUCAUUUAAAUAUUAUGGACAUGGUGAAAGCUGGCUUGGGCAUUAACAUCAUCGGAGUUGCUGUAGUUAUGCUUGCAAUCAUGACAUGGAUUGUGCCUAUAUUUGAUCUCUAUACUUACCCAAGUUGGGCACCCAACAUUCCAUCUACAAAUGGCACUGGGCUGUAAAAAAAAAAAAUUGUUUCUUUUUUUUCUCAUAUGUGGUGAGUCACUUAAAAUGCUUUUCAGUCACCACAACAAUAAGGAUCUACAUUACUAUAAAUGCUGUAUUUCACAGUCCCAGAGACUGAUGAUCCAGUCUGAGAGUCUAAUCAGGAAGAGUGCUAGACUUUUUAAAGAUCAUAGUUAGAUCAGGUUUCUAAUCUACUUCAGCUAGUCUGAAUUUUUAUAUCUUCAUGUUAUGAAGGAAAAAGAAAAAAGUGCAUAGGCAUUAUCACUGACAACUUUCCCCCAUUCUCAGGGUAGCAGAACAAUGAAAUUUAGAUUUUAUUAUUUCAAAUACAAAUCCUUGUUAUUACUUGUUUGGGGGUUGUCAGAGAGAAUAUUGGUUUUCUGUUUUCUAGAUUCAAACUGUUUGAGACAGUGUUGAUCACAAACAAAAGAUCAGGCAGGGGACUGUCUUGAACCCAUAGUUUACAGACCUGUCAAAAAUGUACAAAAAAAUGGAGAAGAGCAGAAUGACCACUUACACAGCACUUUAUCUAUUAAGCACCUUGUAACCUGGAAGGAGAAUGCGUACUUAAGCACAUGUUUAGUCUAUGUCCUCCCAGGACCUCACUAAAAUAUGUUGUUGCUCUUGUAAAAAAAAAAUAUAUAUAUUUCUCUGGAUAUACAUACAUUGAUAGAUCUGAGUUGAUCUGUACAAAUGGAGACUAAAUUAUCAUCAUACCUCUCUGCCAAAAGUAGAGAUAUAUCCCCUUGAGGAAUGAAACCGUAAGACAGUGCUGAAGAUUUAACAGUCAAUCUGUCAAUCAAGUGCGUCUUCACCAGGAGGCUCAUGAUCUCUGCAGGACAGGUGGCAGUUUAAGGUUACUAGACUGUGUUAAUAUUGUAAUGUUCUAAACACAAAACAGUGCAAUGUGGUCAGAAUGUAAGUUGGAGUUCAAAGAUCUCUUCAAAUAAUUAUGUUCUAUUUGGUUGUUACACAUUUUUCACCAUGAAGACUAUAGCCUUACCUGCUGUGAAGAUCCACGAUAAUUUGUAAAGAGCAUGUAAUUAGUCGUCUGAAUGAAAGCUGCAUGUAUUUAAACUGGAUCAUGCCUUGGGACAUCUGUAUGAUAGCUGUAAACAUCAAUUUGUCUUUUAAAGGUAGUGUCCGUUUUUCUUAAAAACAACAACAACCAAAAAAUGCUUUUGUUUUUUCAUUAAUGGUUUACAUUUAUUUUAGGUAGUGCAUGUUUAGAGAUGUCAGUCAUGACUUCUGUAAUGCCAGAGCGCAGUGUAUAGCACUGUUGUAGAUGUAGUUUGUUUCCUGUAGCUAUUAGUUGCAGGUUCAGCUGCAGUGAAUUAUUAAAGAAGCACUUUUUCUUAAUGAAUGGUUCUCUAUAAGUAUUAGUGUAAGUAUUGGUGCAUGACACCAUGCUUUUAAGCUGGAUGGAGGCUGCUAUCACAAUUUUUUAUACAGUGGCAAAAUAGGGCUAUGACCAUCACUGGGGCAAUCAGGAGCUGCCAGUAUACAAAUAAUGUUAACUGAACCCCUGCAGUAAUGGUUAUCAUUACAGGUACACAACACUUCGCUAAAUGAAGUCAGGUACCAGAGGGAAAUUCUUAUACAAGUAACUAAUCCAAGAUACAAAUUUUGGAUUAUAUCAUAUGGUAUUUUCCCAGAAGCAUGUGCAGUGCAGGAGCUCAUGGCUUGUUCAGGCCUUUGGUCCUGCAGGGUAGAGAGGAAGACCAGCAGAGUGCUCUUACUUUAAGGUAUUACCUUCCAAUUCUGUCAAUAAUUUCCCGAUUAUUCAAGGACAGUGGAAACAGUGAAUCACAGUAUUUCAAGUGGAAGGGAUCUCAGAAGUAUCCAAUCUUGCUCAAAGCAAGGUUAUUACUCUAUUCAGACCAGGUUGCUCAGGGAUUUGUCUAGUCAUCUUGAAGCUCUCCAACAUGAAACCCAACAUGCACAAUUUCCAUGAUUAAUAUUCUCCAGUGCUUUACUGUCCUUAUGGCAAAAUAUUUUUUCUUUAAACGAAUGAGCAAACAUAUUAAUUUUAGGAUAACAGACUCAUUAUUUUCCUUUUAGUUGGGAUUUUUUUUACUUUUUCAUGAACCAUGAAAGAGGGAAGACAGUCCUCUUUGUGGCCUUAUGGUUACCACUCCCACUGGAUGUGAUACUUUCAAUCUCCACAGGUCUGCUCUGCAAAGCCUUAUAAUCAUGUGGCAACUGUUGUUCAGCCAAAGGAAAUCUGUUAACUGCUUCUGAGCUGCCCCCGAGUUUUAUUAAUGUUCACAAUACAGAAUUGGCUGUUGUAACCUCAGCCUUGAAAAUGACAAUGAGGUCUACAGGGGUCCAUGAAUGCACUUAUCCAUUAAAUCAGCCUUUGACACCAGUAUUCUCUCUUCAAAUUGCAUAUCUUCAUGGAAGAAAAUAACCAUUUUUCACCAUUUAAGAGAAUGCUUCAGAAGCUGCCGACCAUAACAAGUGAUACCGUUAUCAGUAAAGCUGAAGCUGUUUGUGCCAGUUGAUUUUCAGCUGUUCAUUUUCUUUACUUUCCAGCUUAUUCAUAAAAUCAUAGAUAAUAUGACAACUAAGGCCUCGUCAUAUCUGAACCCUCACAGACCACAGAAUUUCCCUAAACUAUUUUUUCAGGGCAGAAAUUUUGGUUAAGUAUCUUAGUAAACAAGAAAAAAGAGUCAAUUGUUUAAUGAAGGAUGCAUUUUCAAAAACUAUUUUCACUAAAAUUGGCAUAUGCGAUGGAUAAGACACAAAGAGAGAAGGGAGAGAUUUGUUGAGUAAAGUUGAUCAUCUCUUGGACCUUGUGUUUUUACAGUGUGUUGAAAUGAAACACAGAAUUAAACAUAAAUUCACUUUCAGUGACCAGCAUCUUGUGUCAUAAUGCACCAAAUUAGUGACAAAAGUAAAUGAUUAAGCAUGAUGUUUUUGGAGACCCUAUUUACGAAGAAAGCCAGUUGUGAAUAAUCAAGUGGUAGUACUGGGAAAGUAGGGUCUCACCAGGAUUUUAACUUGUUUUGCCAGAAGAUUAGGGAAUGGGUCAGACGCAAUGUUUGAGAUUAUUUGUUAUUAUUACUAAUUUAUUUUAAAGCUUUUAGGAACAUUUUAAGUAAAAAUUAACAACUCUGCAGUGCAGGGAUUAAUAUUGAUAUUAUAUUCCUCACCUGAGAGUGUUCAAAUGGAGGAAAAAGAAUUUCAGAGUGUGGUGAUCUGUGUACCCAACGAAUGGAUUUAGCUCUGACUGCAGGCGUGGAUCACCAUGCUGAUCACCAGCAGAAACACACUCUUCAUAUGUUGCUAUUAUAUUCCUUGCUUUGACCAGAAUUUGUAUUAGGACAAAUGGUGGAAAUGCACCUGUAAUUAUUUUAAGAGUUGAUUAAUAUAUGAUGACAUUAACUAUUUGUAAAUUGCUUUGUUCAUAAUUUCCAUAUAAAAGGUGGGGUUUUUUCUUUGAAGCAGAUGAAUCUAAUUAGUUUACUGUAAUAGUACAUGAGUAAUAUUUAUGACUUUCUAUUUAUUUGUGGUCCCAUUCCUGAUGAAUUAAAAAGAGCUUUUUCCCUAUACUUCACUGGGGAUAUGUGCCAGGUCUUUGUUCUCCUUUUCUAUGGUCAUGCUAUAUUUAAUGUAUUUUCACUUUGUUUUGGAAGAUGUGCAUUUAGAUUACCAGAAACCACAAACCAGGUGUAUCCUGGAAAAGUCUUCUUGACUUUUCUAUUUUACAAUCAGGUAGCCAGCUCAGUCUUGCACCAUAAAUCCCCUUAUGUACUUUUAAAAUUAAAUUACUGUGUUUGUUUACUGCCAGGGUCUAGCUUGUUUAAAAUCAACCAGCCUAUAGCUCAAGGGCUCACUGAGGAGCAGUGCAGCACAGCACCUCAGGAAGAGUGUAGCAAAAAAAAUCCUGGAUCUUACAAUUCUUUGAUUAGGUGUAGAUAUCAAACCACCUCGCAUAUGAAUAAAAACAACAAAAAUACUCUUGUAUGUUAUGUGCAGCUGCUGGCAGGACUGGAAGGCUUCUCGAGACCCCUUAGAUGUCUAGCAGUCUAGUCCUGCCCCCUCUCCUGACCUGCCCUUGGCAGCCCACAGCAGGAUGCCACUAGUUCUGAUGGUGACACCCUGCUGCCCCAGAGCACCUGAGGAUAUUCCCCAGUGGUCAGGCCUGCACAUCUAUUAGAUCAUUUUGCAGCUAUUAGUUAGAAAUUAUAACUUCAGUUAUCAGUUUAGUUCUCUGUCUCUGCAAAGUUCAUUUGAUGAUGUAUGGUUUUAACAAUCACUUGAACUGAACUCUUGUCAGUGUUAUUCCUUAACGCUUUUGCCUUUUGUUUCUGGCAGCUGAUAUAUGUUAUUUUACCUGCACAAUGUUCAAUUUCUGCACAACUUUCCUUUACAAUAAAAAUCUACUAUUUUAAAAAUAAGUGUUUUCUGAAUGCUGUACAGUCCAACAUGUAUUAGUGAUAAACUAACAAGAGCUAAAAUUGUGAUCUGCAAAGAAAAGCUAUUUGUCAAUAAAAGUGCCUGAGAUUUCUUAAA